UAUCUAAAACGGAAAGAAAUGAAGAUAUUUUUAAAAAAAUGUCUAAGGAAAAAACCGCAGGAAAUGAAACCAGGCGCCAUAUUGGAUGCUGUCAUUUCGCAAUCCUCGGCCACGGCUAAUAAAUGUUUGCUUUACAAGUUGGCGGACUAUAAAAGAGGUGGCGAUUUGAUUGAUGCCAUCAACACCGGUGGUCUGGUGGCGGUGGAGCAACUUAUACGCGAACAAUUCGGUGUUUUUAUGUAUAACGAUGGCAAGGGCCAAGUUAUCAAUCGUGCUGAGUUCUUACGUUGGAAAUAUCGUGACCAUACAGAGGUAACCAUACCCAUAGAAGCCUCUUUGUCUAUACACGAUCCUUUGGGCAAAUGGAAAGAUCAUAAUGCCUGCUGGCAAAUGCAAUAUCGAGGAGCUUUGGGUGAAAGUUUACUGCAUGUUUUGAUUAUAUGUGAUUCGAAAAUUCAUACAAAAUUGGCUAGAAUAUUGUUGAGAGUUUUUCCACGUUUGGCUUUGGAUGUUAUGGAGGGUGAGGAGUAUUUGGGAGCUAGUGCUUUGCAUUUGGCCAUUGCCUAUAGUAAUAAUGAGUUGGUGGCUGAUUUAAUUGAGGCAGGAGCUGAUAUAAAUCAAAGAGCUAUAGGCAGCUUUUUCUUACCACGUGAUCAGCAAAGAGCCAAUCCGGCUAAGAGUACAGAUUAUGAGGGUUUGGCUUAUAUGGGGGAAUAUCCUUUGUCAUGGGCUGCCUGUUGUGCUAAUGAGAGUGUUUAUAAUUUGCUAAUAGAUCAUGAUGCUGAUCCAGAUGCCCAAGACUCAUUUGGUAAUAUGAUUUUACACAUGGUAGUGGUGUGUGAUAAGUUGGACAUGUUCGGCUAUGCUCUUCGACAUCCUAAGACGCCUGCCAAAAAUGGCAUAGUUAAUGAUUCGGGUUUAACACCUUUAACUUUGGCCUGUAAACUUGGUCGGGCAGAAGUUUUUCGUGAAAUGUUGGAACUAUCCGCCCGAGAAUUUUGGCGUUAUAGUAAUAUCACCUGCUCUGGAUAUCCUUUAAAUGCUUUGGAUACACUUUUACCAGAUGGCAGAACUAAUUGGAAUUCCGCUUUAUUUAUCAUACUGAAUGGUACCAAGGAGGAACAUUUGGAUAUGUUAGAUGGUGGCAUUAUACAACGUCUACUGGAAGAGAAAUGGAAAACAUUUGCCCAAAAUCAAUUCUUAAAACGUUUACUCAUUUUAUUGGUUCAUUUAUUGUGUUUAUCGACAUCGGUUUAUCUGAGACCUGCUCAUGAUGGUGACGACGACGAUGAUGAGGAGGGAACAGAUCUAAAGGAUAAGUUGAAUGUUAAGGCAGAGGAGGAAGAGGAUUAUGAGAUACAAACUAUAGCCCGCUGCGUUGCUGAGUUGUGUACCAUUAUAGGAGUUCUAAGUUUUCUUAUAUUUCAACAAGGCGAUGAAAUCAAAAAUCAGGGACUUUCGGCGUUUCUGAAGCAGUUGUCUCAUGCUCCCGCCAAGGCCAUAUUUCUAAUCUCAAAUCUUUUGAUUUUGGCUUGUAUACCUUUUCGUUUAAUGGGUGACACCGAUACCGAAGAGGCGAUAUUGAUUUUUGCGGUACCAGGCAGCUGGUUUCUUUUGAUGUUUUUUGCUGGAGCUGUUCGUCUAACUGGUCCUUUUGUGACCAUGAUUUAUUCCAUGAUAACUGGUGACAUGUUUACCUUUGGCAUUAUAUACUCCAUAGUACUAUGUGGCUUUUCACAGGCCUUUUAUUUUCUAUAUAAAGGACAUCCUCAACUACAGUCUACCAUGUUUAAUACAUAUCCUAGUACCUGGAUGGCUCUAUUUCAAACCACUUUGGGAGAUUAUAAUUACCCCGAUUUAAAUCAAACAACCUAUCCAAAUCUUUCCAAAACUGUCUUCGUUAUGUUUAUGAUAUUUGUGCCCAUACUUUUGCUUAAUAUGUUAAUCGCCAUGAUGGGUAAUACAUAUGCCCAUGUAAUCGAGCAGUCGGAAAAGGAAUGGAUGAAACAAUGGGCCAAGAUAGUGGUAACUCUAGAACGAGCAGUACCCCAGGCCGAUGCAAAAAGUUAUUUAGAAGCUUAUUCUAUACCUCUAGGGCCCUCCGAUGAUUCAGGUUUUGAGGUUAGAGGUGUCAUGGUGAUAAAAAGUAAAAGUAAAACUCGUGCUAAGCAGCGCAAGGGAGCUGUUUCUAAUUGGAAGAGGGUAGGAAGAGUAACCUUAAAUGCCUUAAAGAAACGUGGCAUGACAGGAGAGGAAAUGCGACGUUUAAUGUGGGGUAGAGCUUCCAUCUCUAGUCCCAUAAAAAUUGCUAAGCAAAAACUAAAAGAUCCUUAUAAUCUAAGUGCAGUUAAUGCUACUGGUCAAUCGAAUAUAACUAGUGCUAUGGAUAUGCUAAAUUUUGCCAAUGAUCCUACCUCUAGUACGGGUACAGCUUUCAGAGCUUCUACAGCAGCGUGCGUUGCGGUUCCAGAUCCCUUUAGAGAACUAGUGCUUAAAGCUGAUGAACCUCCUGAAAUACAUGAUCCACAAUUUUAUGCCGCCUUAAAGGAGUUAGCCAAUAAGGCAUUUGACUUGGUUCAGCAGACUUUAAAAGCUCAAGAGAUAAAACCUAAAAUAGCUAUAGAAGCCACCAGCUUAAAAGAUGUUAAACUAACCAAACCACCAGAAACAACAAAUGUCACUGACACUACUGAUACCGUAGCCAUGCCUUUAGCUGGUAAUUUGACCACACUUUUUCAGGAUCCUAAAGAUAUGGUGGAUCCCAAAAAGUUGGAACAAUUUUUGAAAAUGGUGGCUGAGGUAGAAACAGAAGAAAGUGAUGGUGGAGGACCCAUACUGGGAAAGCUUUCGCUAGCUCGUAGAACUAGAAAUGCUCUCUUUAAAGCUCCUAUAGCAAAAGGCGACAGUUCGGAUAAGUUGAUAACCUCUGUAUGGGAUCAAAUACCUCCGGAAGAGGAAGACAGCAUACCGAAUUUCGAUUUUCAACAAGCCUUAGAGGAACAUAUUUUAACUGUGGAACAGGAGGCGGAAGUAGAAACUGAAACUGCUAAUACAGAUGAUUCACCGGAAAACUAUGAUGACAUACCCACCGUAGAGGAGGUUCACGCCACCAUGAAACAGUUUCAUUUGCGUAAACGUCAGUAUCAACAGGAUGAUGCUGCACGCAGGGCAAAAAGUGCCAGAAUGCGUCGUAAAAAUAAGGUUUCUCCAGAGUAUCCGGGUGAAAAUGCAGAUUAUUAUCAAAGAGGACGUUCAGCUCCCAUGAAAAAGCCUAGAGAUGAGGAUAUGUCGUCACCAGAUCCUUUGGAACCUUGGAGUACCAGAGAAUUGCAGAAUAUAAAUAAAAUUUUAGCUAAAAAAUGA